CGGCGUUGUACGAGGUCGGUCGCUUCAGCGGUGGGAGUCAUGGCUGCUCGCCGAGCUCUGCACUUCGUAUUCAAAGUGGGGAACCGUUCCCAGACGGCGCGUUUCUUUCGAGAUGUCCUGGGGAUGAAGGUGCAGACCUGGGCCGACAAGGGCUGGCGCGCAAGUCUGGGAAGGGUGCUGAGCUGCACCUGGCGGAGCGGGGACGAAACGGGUGUGUCAUUUUUUCUUGUGAUUACUGCAUUCAUAUAUUUUCCUUUAUCUAGGCCUUAUGAUGGGAAGUGGAGUAAAACAAUGGUAGGAUUUGGGCCUGAGGACGAUCAUUUUGUUGCAGAACUAACAUACAAUUAUGGCAUUGGCAACUACAAGCUUGGCAAUGACUUCAUGGGAAUCACAAUUGCUUCUAGCCAGGCUGUCAGCAAUGCCAGGAAACUGGAGUGGCCCCUCAGUGAAGUUGAAGAAGGAGUUUUUGAAACUAAGGCCCCAGGAGGAUAUAAGUUCUAUUUGCAGAAUCAAAGUCUCCCUCAGUCAGACCCAGUAUUAAAAGUAACUCUAGCAGUGUCUGACCUUCAGAAGUCCUUGAACUAUUGGUCUAAUCUACUGGGAAUGAAAAUUUAUGAACAAGAUGAGGAGAAGAAAAGGGCUUUGCUAGGCUAUGCUGAUAAUCAGUGUAAGCUGGAGCUUCAGGGCAUCAAGGGUGCAGUGGAUCACGCAGCAGCCUUUGGAAGAAUUGCCUUUUCUUGUCCCCAGAAAGAGUUGCCAGAUUUAGAGGACUUGAUGAAAAGGGAGAAGCAGAAGAUCCUGACUCCUUUGGUGAGUCUGGACACCCCAGGCAAGGCAACUGUACAAGUAGUCAUUCUGGCUGACCCUGAUGGACAUGAAAUUUGCUUUGUUGGUGAUGAAGCUUUUCGAGAACUUUCUAAGAUGGAUCCAGAAGGGAGCAAAUUACUGGAUGAUGCAAUGGCAGCAGAUAAAAGUGAUGAGUGGUUUGCUACCAGAAAGAAACCAAAAGCUUCAGCUUAAUGGAAUACCUCAUAUGGAGCAAGCACUAAUGAUUCUUGUUCAGCAUCUGUGAGAGCUGAUGUGCCCAUUUACAAUAAAUGCUCUUACCGCUCUGCUA